AUGGCUUCUCUACCACAGCGCAGCUCAAACCCUCCAUCUGCCCCGAGCAGUCCAGUCUAUCGUGCCAACAGUGUAGAAUACGGUGAUGCUGCUCUCCCAGCUGGUACGAACGCGAGCGCGUCGCCAUCGCCUAUCGAUCUCCAUGCGUCUGCUCCUUCUCAGACACUCGCUAGUCCCCAGCCAUCUCCUGGAGGACAAAUCCCAGCGGACUCCAGUACCGCCGACAUCGCCCAGGGCCAAGCACCACCAUCUUCCUCGGAGCCUCCGUUACUGAUUCUGCCAGUGCCAUCUUCAGCAGUUUCUGGCAAUACCAAUGGGGUUGCAAGCAUCAAUUAUCCCGCAGGCUCCAUUGGAAGCGUAGCCAGCACGUCGCAAGCAAGCCAAGCCAACGUACCCAAUGGCCAGGCCCCAAAGACUCGACGAGGCUUCUUCGGCCUGACAUAUGCCUGGCUUUACGAGCUUAUCGCAUGCUCCAUCUCAGUCCUCAUGGUCGUGAUCGAGAUUGUACUUCUUGCAGUGUACGAUAACAAAAGCUCGGACAACUGGAAUCAUACUUGGUCAAUCAAUUCUGUAUUUGCGUUCCUGACUACGCUAUUGGAGGCGGCGAUAGCUUUUGCUGUGGCUUCAUGCCUUGGGCAGCUGCGCUGGCUGUGGUUCCAGAAAGGCAACCAAGAGCUGAGAUGGAUGGACAAAUUGACCAACGCGAGGCAACCGUCUGGUGCACUUACCUUUGUCGUUAGUAAAGGGGCUUGGCGCCACUGGGCAGCACUGGGUGCCCUGCUGAUUGUAGCUCUGCUUGGAACCAGCGUUUUCACCCAGGAAGUGAUUGUCAGCAAACUUGGAACCCACACCCAUGAUCCUUCCGAAAGGAUGUGCAGGGUACCAAUCUCGAACAACUAUCUAGGCAAGUGGCAGACAGGUGGCCGCCCAGGUGCAGAGUUGCCUUUCACCGAGAUGAUAACUGCAGUGUACAGUGGCUUUGGCUAUCCAGCCUCCGUCAACGAUGCUGAUACAGUUGUGAACCUGGUCAACUGCACGUCCGGAAAUUGUGACUUCCAAACAUACUCAUCUUUGGCCGUCUGCUAUCAGUGUGCUGACAUCUCGGACACAAUAAUCACACCAUGCGACGUGGAUGGCGACGACGAAUGCGAUACCAACAGCGAAGUCUUGUUGACCUUGCCAGAUGGAAGUCUGACAUUGAAUUCAGUAUUUGGUAUCGUCAAUACGACCUCUGACACUCAGUAUCCUGAUGCUAGCGUCAUGUCGGGCAUAGGACCAUUGAUAGCACACUGGAAAGCAAUGGGCUCGACCGACUGGCCGGAAGCUCCACCAUACGCCAAGGAGUGCGCGAUGUACUGGUGCGUCAAUACCUAUUACGGCCAGGUGAUCGACAAUACCUUCUACGAGACACCAGCCAACGAUACCGGCACUGAUGGAAACACCGUACAAACACCGACUUGGACGAACACGAGCGCAGAGGCAGCUACAAUUUACGGCAGCAAUACCAGUAUUUACCUCAACCCACCCGACUGCCAAUAUGAGGGUGCUCAUAUCGUGCCCAAUGCGACAUGCUGCGAGUUUGAGGUGGACGCUGCCUCCCAACGCGCGUUGCAGAACUAUCUAGUCGGGACGGACGGCGUGACUGGGUUUCUUACGGGCGACGUGGCGGCGAUAGGGACCAGUGGGAAUACCACUGACACGUUCAACGCCACCGGACUCGCAUAUACGACAUAUGCGGCGAACGUGCUAGUUUUCGAAUGUACUUCAUCGCUUACCGAGGACAACUGCACGCAAGACUUUUACGAUACCUUCGAGUACUCCAUCUCGAAUCUGUCAUCUUAUAUGACCAAUGAGUUACGCAAGAUGAACGAUACCGGCCCAGGCUACGCUUGGGGCUGGUGUAGCGAUUACGAGCAGCAUUUCCAUGUCAGAUGGGGUUGGCUAGCGUAUCCCAUCGCCAUGGUCCUGAUCAGCCUCAUGUUCGUCUUCGUCACCAUCUUUAAAUCUCGCGGUCACGAGCCCUGGAAGAACUCGGUCACGGCGCUCAUGUUUCACGGCUUUCACGACCUGGACUACCAACAGAUCAGGCUGGACGAUCCGCACGAGAUGGUGCAGGCCACGAGGAAGUGGAGUGUCACGCUUCAGGAUGUCGAUGGGACGAAGAGGUUCGUCAAGACUACUGUCGUGCCGGUCAAGGAGGAAGAGAUGCCGGACGUUAGGGAGGCUUUGGCUAAAGGGGCACUGCACGGAGGUCAGGCUGUGAUACAAGCUUAUGGCCAGGCGUCGGGAGGCUAG